AUGUAGUCUUUUUAUAUUUAUAGUAAACUCUGUCUUAGUUUUCUAUUAUAAUCCCUCCAAAAUAAAAUUCAAAGGUUAGGUAGACUUUUUUGUAUCCAACAACCAAUUCAACUUCUUUCUUAUUUGAGAGAGUUUAAAAUAAAAAAUCUCACUCAAAAAUCCAAACAAAAAUGGCUGAAACACUCUCAAAUUAUGAAGAAGACAGAUUAAGCUCACUUCCAGACACUCUUUUGGUCGAUAUUCUUUCAUUCAUCCCAUUCAAAUCCGCAGUUGCCACCUCUAUCUUAUCUCGCCGAUGGUGUUACCUCUGGACACAGCUACAACUCCCUCACCUCUUUUUAGACUGGCCAUGGCCGCGUGCCUCUGACUCCGAUCACUCUGAAAAAUUCUUCCAAUUCAUCAACACGGUUGAUAAUAUUUUCAACCGGAUCACCUCCCCACUUAUCAAAACCUUCCAUCUACAUAUCCCUUACCCACAAACUGCGAAGAAUGAUGAAUUUGAAGUGUGUUCUGCUUAUUUGAAAUCCUGGAUUCGUCGUGUUUGUGUCCUUAAAGUGGCUAAGAUCAAGGUAAGUUGCGACUUUCCUUACUAUCUUGGACCUCAUGUUCGUUUUCCGUCUUGUGUAUUUGACGUUGAAUCACUAGUAGAACUUGAAUUGGGUGGAAAUUUAUGCUGUGAAUUGCCAGAAACUGAAAUUGUUAGUCUUCCAAAUUUGAAGAAGCUUGUGUUAAUUGACCUGCCAACCAACAAUAGAUCAGUGUUUGAAACUUUGUUUAAGUCUUGCCCUUUGUUGGAAAUGUUGUCUUUGGAAAUAGAUGAAGAUUCCGCUAACUCAGAAUAUCUGACAAUAUCAGCUCAGAAUCUGAAGUCCUUGAUUAUCAGGGGAAAAUCGCGGCAUUUUGUGUUUACCAUUAAAGCACCAUUGCUCCAACACAUUGAGAUUCGCGGCUUUCUUGGUCUGUAUAGGUUUGAUCAGUAUCCAAGCAGAUUGGUCAGGGCAGAUCUUGACAUUUCGAACUUUAGCUAUAGUAGGAUUGAUUUUAUAAGAUAUAUACCAAAACUUGUUCAGGGGAUUUCUAGUGUUGAAUCUCUUAACCUGUUAAAUGGUCUUUCUGUGUUCAAUGCGCUUGAUAGCUUGGAUUUUGAUGUUGGGUCAGUCUUUCAUAAUCUUGUCCAUCUUACCUUAGAUUUGUCUAAGAAUGAAAAGGAUUGGGGUGAUCGAAAUCCAAUACCAAUAUGCUUGUUAAGUCGGCUUAAGAAGAUAAAAUUAUUGAAUACUCAGGGUAAUGCCAAUGAUGUGAAGUUGCUUGAGUACAUUCUAAGUAAUGCAACUGUUUUGGACCGGCUUUAUAUUUCCUCCGUUCAUGAUGGUUAUGGCGAUGAUGAUGGUGAAAGAGGUCAAGUAUGGAGGGAGUAUAAAUUGUCUAGAACAAUGUUAUUGGUUCCAAGGAAUACCAAAAUAACCAUAAAUGUUGAGGAUCCUCUGUUUGGUCAGACACCUACUGACAGUCCAUAAUCUGCAAGGCAUGAAUGAUUUUGACAUGUAAGAAUUGAAGUGGCUCCUGUUUCUGAACUUCAAGUUUCACUACGUAUCGUUUUUCUUUGCAAAAGACAGGUUAUACCAAAUACGCCUCAGUACUGCUUGUUGAGAAGCUUAAAAUUAGAUGCAGAAUAUGAUUGCCACACAGGCACUUAAGACCUGAUUUUUAUUUGUGCUUCAAGAAUGUAAAAUUGAUACACUUAAUUUUUUAUUGUAGCAUUAAUUUAUUUUCUUUAAAGAGACAAAUUACAUGUUUA